AUGUGUAAAGAAAACCCCGAGAAUCUGGUUAACGAUGCUGUUAAAUGGCAAGGCUUCGAUGAUUUCAAACAGCAAAUGUUGGAAUUCACUGAAAACACGAACACGACAAUGGAAAGCCUUAGAACUGAGGUGAAUCAACUAAAAUUUAAAGUUGAUCCGUUGCUUACUUCAGAGAACGUCGUUGAUGAGCUAAGGAACGACAAACUAAGUCUCAUGAAAGAAAAUUCUGAGUUGCGAGACAAAAUGUUGAACUUUAGUCUUGCUACAUCAGACCUGAAAACUAAAGUAAAAGAUCUUGAACAUGAAAGAGACAGUUUAAUAACUGCACUUAA